CGCGUCUGUCCGUUUCCACUACGCAUGCGCAGUUGCAAGUUGUCGUCAAAAAUGCCGAUGUGGCUGCUGAGAUAUUAAACUCUGAUUUCUCCUGAAAGCUUAAGAACAAACUGUUGCAAUGAAACUUUUUAUACUCGUUUUCCUUUGUGUCUGCUGUUAUGUGACAGCAACAGAAGACGACAGACUACCGAAUAAAUGCGAAGUGUGUAAGUUUUUGACAGUAGAGCUGCAGGAUGCUCUGGAGAAAACGGGACGCUCUAAAGAAGUCCUGGAGGUUGGAGAAGUGCUGGACACAGGAAAGAGGAGGAGAAAGAUUAAAUACAACACCUCAGAAACUCGGCUGACUGAGGCGGUGGACAACAUAUGUGAACGCAUCCUGCAGUAUAAUGUUCAUGCAGAGAGACCUGGCAGCCUCAGAUACGCCAAGGGUGCCAGUCAGACCAUGACGACUCUGAAGAACCUGGUCCACAAAGGAGUUAAAGUGGAUUUGGGAAUGCCGUUUGAGCUGUGGGACGAACCGUCUGUAGAGGUUUCAGACAUGAAAAAACAGUGUGAGACGAUGCUGGAGCUGUACGAGGAGGUGGUGGAGGACUGGUACUUUCACCAUCAGGACCAGAGGCUGGAGAACUUCCUCUGUGAGAGACACGUCCUCAAGGCAUCAGAGCAAGAAUGUAUGAAGGAGGUGUGGAAAGGAGACGUGGGGACCAAAGAGAGCGACGCCACAGAAGAGGAGGAAAAAACACACGACGCUGGGGAGCUCUAAGGGAAACAUUUUCAAAAAAGAUAAAUGCAGAAGACAACAGAAUAACCUCAAUUUUUAGCUUUUGGCUGCAAACUGCAAAUACGUUAUGUAUUGUGGCACGAUUUUAGCAUUUGGCUGGAUUUAACAAACGGUGAAAAACACAUUUGAAUUAUAUUUCUAAUGCCAAAUCUUGGUCUCAUGUGAACUUAUGCUUCACAGACUUUUACACUAGAUUUUUGCUGAUAUUUUUAUAUGAAUUUAAAGCACCUUUUUAGGAGCUAUUUGCAUUGAGGUAUUAACCCUUUGGAGUUUGGGGCUAUUUUGUUGGUUUUUGACUCUUUUUCUUUCUGCCUUUUCAGUCCAUAUUGGUAUUGUUUUCAGUACAACCUCACCUAUAUGACCUGAUAAUAUUUUUUUUCAUUUUGACUUACUGGAUCAACACUUUCAACACAAAAAAACACACAAAAACACACACAAAAUUACAAAAACACACAUAAAAAACUUUUCUUUUUACAAAAAAACCCACAUAAAAACCCACAAAAUUACACCGAAAACAAAUACAUUUUUUUUUUUUUAAAAACCACCCGAAAAAUGCAAAAACACACAAAAAAAUACAAAAAACACAUGAAAACACACAUAAAACACACAAAAAUGGACAAAAAUCACACAAAACAUUAAAGACAAAAUAUUGCAUUAAAAAUGCUGAAUGCAAACUGCAAAAUUUGAAAAACCUUUACAAAAACUUACAGUUGGUCGAGGUGUUUUUUACCUUUGCUGAAAAAGGGUUGACGCACUAAAUUGGACAUGAAAACUUCUGAAAAAGCUGAAAGCAGGGCUCAAUGCUGCUUCGUUUUUACUAAGAAGUCUUGCUCCGGUGUUUUGUGGACUCCAGAGGGUUAUGUCUUUGCCACUAUUAUUCCCAGUGUUAUAUUAUGUGUACGGGCUGUUACAUCUCUCCUUGUGCCAAUAUUAUACGGUACAUAUCAGUAUUUUUACCCCAAAUAACAGCCUUUAAAAAUGCAAUAUGUACAGUUUCUUGAUUGUGAAUAAAAUACUUUUUUUUAUAACA